AAAUGGGUGAGAAUAUGUAAUAAAAUACACACUACGCAGUGAGAGUAACCAGCCUGGCUAUGUGAUGUCACGACGACUCGACUAGAACGCGCACGGUCGGGAGUGAGCGCGCGGAAACGGGCUAUGGCUGAAAUGGUAACGUUAUCAGACAGUGACGGGGAUGCGAGUGUUCCUGUAUCAGACCCUCCAAAACAACAUCCUCCCAAACGCCGCCGCAUCAUCGACGCCUCAUCCAUCACAAACGUGCCUGUUUACUCCAACAAGGUUAACCGCUCCUUAAAUCUGAAUCCGAAAACCUUCAAAAACACCAGUCUCACAGAUGAGGAAAAGGGUGGUCCUCUUUGGUCUCCUUCCCCACCACGUGCAGAGAAACGGCCAAUCAGCAUUGAUUUGAGUGGCUCAGAGGAGGAGCCAGAACAGAGUGAAGCUCAGGAAAUCCUUCGUUCUCCCUCUCCACCCCCACCACCAUGCAGUCCACCAGUGAAACGGAGCAGACGAGCAAAUCAGAAAAUCCGAGAAAUCAACAGGAAACUGGAUGCGAUCGGCUCUCUUGUGUGUCUGUCUCCUGAGCCCCAAGAACCUGUCACUGAGUACAGAAACUCUCCAUCUCCUGUCAAUGACUAUGACGACGAUGAUGACAUCAUCAUCAUUUCUUCUGGCAGCAAACGGAAAAGAAGACUUCCCCCGAAUACUGAAGGCAGAGACUCUGCGCGAGAAAUUUCGCUAAAAUUCCGCUGCCGAACAGAGUUGUACAAAAUCCCGAUACUCUCUACGGCUCCUUUGAGAAAAGCUGUGGAGCAGCUGGCCAUCAAACUCAAUGUCACACCCAGCCAAAUUCUGUUAUUAAAGAAAGAUAUCGAUCUUCCUAUUCACUCGUCCGUCAGUGAGCUGGGUCUCGGCAUAGCUGACAUUAUUGAUUGUGUAGUAACAGAGAAUAAACAAGAAGAGAGUGACAAACGUGAUUUCAUUACUGUGCGCCUGCAAGGCAAAGAGAAAGCGUCUGUGCAGGAGUAUUCCAUACAAAAGGAUGCUCCUCUAGGGUCCAUCCUGUCUCAGUAUGUCUCUGGUUUGGCUGCCAGUGCUAGAUGGAAGGCUAAAUUCCUCUUUGAUGGGUCAAGGGUCACACAUGAUCAGACACCAGCUGAACUAGAGAUGGAGGAUGGUGACGUCAUUGAAGUCUGGUCCUGAACGUUGGCAACUAUCGAUGUUGUUGGGAGUUUUGUACUUUUACAGCACCAUUGUAUGCAAGGAGGAAGAAAAAGAUUUGUAAAGGAUGUCAGAUGUUUGUUUAGACCUCAUCACUUGUGCUGAAUAACAGACCACUGACAAAUAUUUUUGUAGGUUUCAUGAACAGCAUUCAUUUGACUUAUGUUUGAGGACAUGCAAAAACAAUAUAAAAUCCAUUUUACAUUGUGUAUAUACAACAGAUUUAUUUAAAAGUUGAUUUUUUUUAAUGAAAAUAAUUUACUUGAUUGAAAGGAAUAUAAUAAAAGGACAAAUUUGUAAGAUG